UUUUCAACUUCUUUCAACAAAGUUUAAAAGCCAGUAGCUCUCAAUCUCCACCCGAGAGAGAUGGCUAGGUUUUUUCCUCUUAGUACUGGGGCAAAGAUCCCUUCCGUGGGAUUAGGUACAUGGAAGGCUGAGCCUGGAGUUGUUGGAGAUGCUGUUGUUACUGCUGUGAAGGUUGGUUACCGACAUAUUGAUUGUGCUCGAGUAUAUGAUAACGAGAAGGAGGUUGGUUUCUCUCUGAAGAAGCUAUUUGAUGAGGGUGUAGUCAAGCGUCAAGAUCUUUUUAUCACCUCUAAAUUAUGGAAUAGUGAUCAUGCACCAGAAGAUGUGCCAGCAUCAAUGGACUUAACUUUGAAAGCAUUACAGCUAGACUAUGUUGAUCUUUACCUUAUCCAUUGGCCUUUUCGCUGUAAGAAGGGGACUCCUUUUGUUCUUGGCCCUGACAACUGUGUCGAACUUGACAUACCGGGUACAUGGGGGGCAAUGGAAAAGUUGUAUGAUUCAGGUAAAGCUCGUGCCAUCGGUGUGAGUAAUUUUUCUACCAAGAAGUUGGAGGAUUUGCUUGCUAUUGCACGCGUGCCUCCAGCUGCCAACCAGGUGGAGUGCCACCCUGGUUGGCAGCAAACUAAGCUUCGCGCAUUCUGUCAGUCAGAGAAUAUUCACUUAUCUGCAUAUUCCCCCCUGGGUUCACCUGGUUGGUUGAAAGGCAGUGAUGUCCUUAAGAAAUCUGUGGUGGUUAUGGUUGCUGAGAAAUUGGGCAAGACGCCUGCACAAGUUGCUCUACGAUGGGGGCUUCAAAUGGGCCAUAGUGUGCUUCCCAAGAGCACAAAUGAAGCGAGGUUAAAGGAAAAUCUGGACAUUUUUGAAUGGUCUAUUCCUGAUGACUUGUUUGCCAAGUUCUCUGAAAUUGAACAGGCUAGGCUAUGGACAGGUGAGUUCUUUGUUCACCCUCAAUGUAUCUACCAAAGUGUGGAGGAGCUCUGGGAUGGUGAAGUCUGAGCAUGCAUCAUAUUCAUUGGUCAAAGAGUGGGCAUUAAAUUCUGCAUUUGGCCAGAAUUUAUAUAUUAAUAAAGAUGACUAAGCCUGUUCUCAAUAGAUCACACAUUUACCUUCUAUGUUCUUGCAUCUAUGCUGCUAGUUCUUUCUGCAAAUAAAACCUCUGCAUCUGAGGAUAUUGUUGAUCUCUGCACUUGUCUUGCAUUCAUGCUCUUUGAGCAUGUGAGUCUGCUUUCAGGAAGAAAUGGGCAAUAAAUCCUGCAUUUGGCCAGAAUUUAUGCAUGAAUAAAGAUGACAGCCUGUUCUCAAGACA